GUCGAUCGAUAGCACCAUGGGGAACGUCCGUCGCUCCAAUCGGACUCGCAAGGCCACGUAUACCGUAUACGACGAUGCCAAGGCUCAACGCGAUUCAAUCGAUUCCACCGAAUCACGAAAAAAGAGGCGCUUGACUAUUGACGACGACUCCGUGGACGAAGACGCCGAAUCCCGGACGGCACUUUCUGUCGCGGCAGAGCCGGAAGACGUGUCCGAUAACGACGAUAACGACAACGUAGAGUCCUCCUCGGACGAAGAAGAAGCGGACGCGGGCCCUCCACAGGAAUCCGGAACGACGAAAUACUCGUCACGUUCCCGUGCUACUUCCUCGCAACCCCGCCAAAUCCGAGCCCAUCGGGCUGUCGCCAAACCUUCCACAAAGCGCCGUGGCGGUGCCGCGUCCAUGGCAGCGAUCACCACGACGAGUCGUCGAGCAGCACAGACGGUACUGCAAGGCUUGGCGGGAAAAGUCCUGGAUCCUGUAGUCGAAACGCCCGAGACUUCCUUACUCGCGGCCUUGCUACAGCAAGCCCACGACAAUCCCACGCACCGUCGUUCCGGGGGGAGCUCAACCCCGAUAGAAACCAAUUUGCAGCGCAUCGCGCUCACGGUCCUACACGAACACGACACUCAUCCCAAUCGUGCGCAAAUUUCUCUCCUCAAUCUGCUCUUUCGAUCCGUUGGUGGUGGGGUACACACGCUUUUGGAUCCGGAGGAGGUUGAUUUGGAAAGUCUCUCGGAUGAAGCAUGGGAAGACCUCGUUACCAAGGUAUUGGUAGACAUGCAACAAACACCCGCUGAUCUCGUCUUGUUCUGUGCCGAUCCCAACGGAACCGGCGGAAAAAAGGCUUCGGUCGGUGUUCGGGAAUACCGCAAAGUCUAUCGGGCCUUUUGGAACGUCCUCGGGGCGACUGCUCUGACCAUGACGACUCGGACAAAGUCCCUUGCCACCGACGCUGCUCGUGACCACGACUCGGACACGGACGAAGAAUCCUUCGACGCCAGUGCCCGCUUUCAGGUGGAACUUGUUCGCGACAUGGUCGCCCGCGUGGUCGAAAUUGUCGGGGUUGGUCAACCCGACAUUCGGGCCGCCGCCUCCGUCGCCAUUUACAGUCUCUCGAUCGCCAUCUUGUCCCACACCGUCACACUCCGCACCAAACUCGAAGCCGCGCAAAGACAGCUCGCGACGGCCCAACGCAGCAAACAAAAACGUAAGGCACACGCCCUGCAGGCGCAGAUUACGAUUUGGACCCGCACAACGGAAGAUCUCGAAGAUAUCGUAAAGGAAACGACCAUGGGGGUUUUUCUCAAACGGUAUCGCGACUCCAAUCCACACAUCCGAGCCGAAUCCUUACAUGUAUUGUCGAGAUUUACCCUCACUCGGCCGGAUAUCUUCCACAAGGCUACCUUUCUUAAGUAUCUGGGUUGGAUGCUCAGCGAUAAGGAAGCGGUCGUACGGGAACGCGCUUUGGAUGGUUUGAUGGAACCUUUGUUGGUCGCACCCACCACCAGCGGUAAACCGUUGUUUUCGAAAAUUGACGUUAGCGACAUGCGCUCGGUCGUGGACAAAUUCGCCACGCGCUUGGCCGAUUGCGUUUUGGACGUCGACACGAAUGUCCAAGAAAAAGCCAUGAAUUUCUUGCUCAAUCUUUCCCGCCAAGGCCUGUUGGAUAGUUUGGAAGAUGAUCAGGUGUGGGAGCAGAUUAAUUUACGGGCACUGGCGGAAGAUGCCACCCCCAUCGUACGUCGGGACGCACUCUUCUUUGUGACUGAGCAGCUCGAGGCCUUUGAUAGCGGAUCGACAAAGUUGGAAUCAAAUGUCACGGAACGCAUCCAUGAACUCGUUGUAUGGGUGGCGCAUAGUUUGGCUGAUGGGAAUAUUCCUUUGGAGCAUAUUCGCUUUGAUCUGGUCGGGUUUAUAGUUGUCUCUCUACGGGCAUCUCCAGAGCUUAAGCCGAUUAUCUGCAAUUGGCCCGUGCUUCUGAAAGGCCUACAGCGCGACAAGUCGAGUACACCCAAAAGCAAACACGAUCGGAGAAUGCUGGCUGUGCAGCAACGCGUCCUUUUAGAAAUGUUGAUACGCUCGGUCGAAUUGGAAGUGCGAGCGGUAGCCAAGGAUGGACUAAUGGUACAGCAUGUCGAUCCAGAUCUUUUGGCUGUUCAAGAGUCGGAAGAUACGAACCUACUACCAUCGCGGAAGAAAAGUAAAGGGGACUCGUCCCACGAGGAGUUGACGGUUGCGUUGCUUCGAGCUCUUCCUGAUCUCUUGGAUUUGUUCAAGACUGACUCUUCUGUGUUGGAGUUGCUUACCGGACUUCCUCCAUAUUUUUUGCCGAGUGUUUUUAACCUACCAAACCGGAAGCAAGACUUUUGCACAUUGAUUUCUAAACUAUCAAAAACCUUUCUUGAGGCGACGGACAGCAACGUCCUUUUUAACUGCGCCCUGGCACUUUCAUGCCUUGCUAAGGACGACCAUGCGCGAAGUGGUGAUGCAUUCCUGGAGUUGCAGGCCACCACCACUGCGAUUCAAGUUCGACUUAGCAAGUUGUUUGAAAGGAAAGCUGACAUUUUGACGUCGGACAGUCCCAAAGGGGACAAUCUGAUAGAUACGGAGCACGCAAUCGGACUCUGUCUUCGUCGACUUCGCAUCUUAUCGAAGCGCUGGGAUAUAGCAGAUCUUCUUGUGGACGGUAAGACGAAGGCAAAUUCCGUUGCUGAGUUGGAAAAGCUCUGCAUUGACAUUGUACGUGUUGUUGCCAAUGAUCUUCGUAUCCGAGAAGUCAAGAAUACCGAUGAAGUUGACAAUAACAAUACACCAGACAUUCCGAAAGUGUGGCUAGAUCAAGACAAACGGGUACACUCACUUGUGGCAGAGUCAGCAUCAGAGGCGUUGUCUUUCCUCCUCAGUGCAACUGCUUGGCGAUUGAAGAUCGAGGUGGACGAUUUGGCAAUAUCUGCGGAAGCUCCCAAGAAAUCCAACGGGCCAGAGAUUGUUGUUAGAAUGCGAGAUAGUCUGAUAAAGCUGGUUGUCUUAUGCUUUGAGCAAUACGUCGAACUCGACGAGGGAAAUUCUGUUUAUUCCGAAGAGCAUUUCGCUUUUGCAGAAAAAGUACAGAGUCAUGCUGGUACCAUUGCUGGAGACCUCCGCUCCCUGUUUCCCAAGCAAUGGAGCGCUGCAGUAUCACCGAAACUUCGAUCGUUUGCAUUUACGGAAGACGGCCACGUUGUCGGUGGUUUUGUUCGUUUUUUGAAGUCUCAAGAACACCGGGUACGGAUACUGAUAGUGUUAUCAGCAUGCGUGUUUUUAACUGCUGCCUUGCUCAUCUUACGAAAAUGUUCUUUUUUUUUCGCACAGCUUCGAGCCAACGAGAAAAUGAACGUUGAAGAUCGCUUUGCAAUAGAACAGCUGUUGCUUCCUAUUGCUCGUGGUCUUUCAGCUAAUUGGAAGGACGGUAUCCGUCGAGAGGCUGGUGCUGUUCUGUCUCAUAUUACGGGAAGUGGACGAAUCGCCCGCUGUACUGUCUCGUCUUUGUCACGGGUUCUGAAGAGAAUUGAGCCAGUUCGAUUUCUGGAAGCCCACAUGGCCUGUCUUCGCCAAGACUUCGACGACUGGGCGGCGUCGGAACCCGAGGAAUUGGAGAGUGACCAUCCAACCGAAAAAGAAAUGGUCGCAUACGAUGAAAAAGAAAAGGAACAUGCUGCUAAGUUCGACAUGAUUGAACAACAAGCUCAACGGCUCUCAGCAUCUUUGGGCGUUGGCAAGCUUAGAGAAAAGUCGUUAGGUCCCGCUCUACUCGGAUUCGUUAGAGAAGGCGCUCGGGUUGCCUUUUCCACGGAUGUGCCCGGAUACGAGGAGGAACUUCCUUUGGGAGCUCGCCUCCCUUUUUUGCGUAUUGUGAGCAAGUAUCUCAAUUGGAUUCGUCGGGAUGAAAACCAGCUUCAAACGCUCAGGCAGGAUUUCAAUGAAAUGGAGAAGAAGCUACGAAGCGAAUCUGAGUACAAUGAUAUAUACGAAGAUGAUCUAGCGACUAUUGAAGAAUUUCGCCUCGCCGGCGAUCUCGGUAAAUAUCCCUUCAACAAAAAUGCCAAAACAGACGCGAUGGAUGACGGCUCCUUUUCUGCGGAAAGUCUCGACUCGCGAACCCGCCCACGCAUGUCAAUAACAAGCAAUAUCAGCAGUAUCAGGUCCAAAAUGUCUGCGACUCAAGCGUCUCUUUCCCCUCUGUAUGAAGAAGGCGACGGGGAUCGAGAUUCUGACGAUGUCGGGGAUGAUGCUCAUGGGUCCACCAAUGACUACGCUUCAACCCACGCCUCAACCCACGCCUCUAACCGUUUCGAGUCCGAGUCUGUCAGCACACGCUCUUCGUUGACCUCUCAUCCAUAGCUGUUCGUUGGUGGAACAACUCAUGUGUGACGACGAUAAGGAAGACCUUUAUGUCAAGAAGCACUUGAAAGAGAGGACUUGAGCUCAAAUAUCAUUCAAAAUCAGUUCCGUUUUUAC